AAGGUGGUUGGUGAAGUAGAUAAAAUAAAAGACUUGGACUGGAGUGUGAGCUUGUAAAGAGAAGGAAGAAGAAGAUGACGUUGGGUCUGAUCAAUGCCAACCCCGUGGUCCACGCUAAGAAGGAAAGGGUUGCUCGCACCGAAGAUCUCCACGCCGACGACGCCGUCGAUCCUCUCGAUAUCUAUGAUUUCGUGAGGGAUAUAAGAGAUCCGGAGCACCCCUACUCGUUAGAGCAGCUCAGCGUGCUUUCGGAGGAGUCGGUCACCGUGGAUGACAAGCUCGGCCGUAUUCUGAUAACUUUUACGCCGACGAUUCAGCAUUGCAGUAUGGCAACAGUGAUAGGUCUGUGCCUGAGAGUUAAACUGAAACAUUGCUUCCCUCCUCAUUACAAGGUCCGUCAGUUUGCUAUGUUAUGCGAAAAUUCUGUGGUGCUUCGGAGUAUAGAAUACCAAUGGCUGUAGUUGCAACGAGGACCAAUAUUUGAUGCUGUUUAGUGCAAACACUCACGCUGCUAGAUGAAACUCGCUUGUAUAAUUCGCGUUGAAUUAUCAUGCUAGUUGCGUAAUGCAAUAGUUGAUGUGUACUUGUUACAUUCCAAAGAUGAUUACGAUCGUGUGUAAAUUGGCUUGUAAUGUGAUUAGAAAAUGUUGCUUACCCGGCACUACUCCAGCUAUUCGUAGUCUCUCUCAUAUGUCAUAGACCCCAUAGCUUUCCCUCCAUUUUUUGAGAGGGUUCACAGAGAAUCUACCCUGGGGUUUUUACAAAUUAUACUCCCUUGUGAGUUGUGACCGCCAACUUAGCUAUCCCCCCAUUUGGAGUUGCUCAACUCUCUCCCUUGCACUAGCAGUCUUCCGCAUUUGAUCUUUAGCAUCUUUUGAUCCCCUUAUCAACACAUAAUUGACCGCAUAUUUUGACCUAGAAGCAAUUACAAAUCAAGAUUUUUCUUUGAGCAAUUGGUGUAUGUUGAGAAAUAAGUCUGAAAUGGUAAUGAGAAAUCACAUUAUACAA